AUGGCAACAUCCUCCUCCUCAUUAUUAUUACUUUCUUCACAACAACAAAAUAUUAAUUAUUUUAAAAUUAAAAAGAAAAUAAUUUUUCCAAAAUAUUUUAUUUUACGGCUUCUUAAAAUUAUUUUAAGAUUUCUUUCCUUCUCUAAAUAUUUUUUAUUUUAUUCUUUCAAUAUUUCUUUUGUUUUUUCUGUUAAUAAUAAUCAACCUAAAAUGAAUUGUGAUUUGGAAAAAGCUGAAGCUUGUUUUACUCAACUUUUUGAACAAUUACCGAUUUGUUUAGACAAAAAACAUAAUGGAGAGAUUGCUUUUAGAUGUCACCAUUUUAAUGUUUUGGACAUUUGCUUUGGUGAUAAUCAAAUUCGUUGUUUACCAGCAGCUAUUGGUACAGCUGCACGAAUUGCCUAUCAAAAAAGGGGUCCAGGAAGGCAAGCAGCAGGUCUAUUAGCAUCCCCUUCAGAAUUACAAUUUAUUUCCUUAUUUGGUUAUUUACAAACUCAAUGCCGACCUAGAAGAAGAAUUCAAAAUGAAGGAGGGAAUGAGAGAAGUGGAAAUAGAAGAUCACAUUUCCGUUCAGAACAAUUAAAUAAUCAUUAUAUUAUUGCUAAUUGUUCUGAUUCUUAUAUAGACGAAAUUAUUGGGGAUUGUGAAACUGAAAUGAAGAAAAGACAGCCAUCUCCAUAUAUGGAAUUGGAAAGGCAUAAACUUUUAAGCAAAUUAUUACAAUUCCCAGAGACUAGACCAGAAGAUGAAUGUAUGAUGGUUCGUUCAGUAUUUUCUGAUAUUUUUCUUAUUCAUCAAAGGUUUUGCUUUCAUACAACAGUAACUAGAUGUUUAUGUGAAAGAUAUCAAUUUGAACGAACUUGUGGAAUUCAAUGUGCAAAUUUAGAAGCUUAUGGACUCCCAUUAAAUAGAAAACUUCUUUGGACAGAUUUUCGUGGUUUCCUUAGUGGAUCUGAAAAUAUUAAACGGAAAAAAGUGGAAAUUUUGAUUUUUUUGUUUAUUUCUUUUUAUUUAUGGAUUUUUUGUAUAAUUAAUUAA